UUACCAUUUUGUAUAUUUUCCUUCAUCAUUUUCUCUCUUUCUCCAGAAUUGCAUAAGCGAAUAAUCACUAUACACAUUUUUUAAUCCAGUUUGAAAUAUUUCUACCUAAAAUGACGGAGAAAACAAACAACAUAGAAAUGGAUCAAGAAAGAUUAACGGCGGAGAUGGCGUUCCGAGAUUCUUCAUCCGCCGUUAUACGAAUCCAAAGACAUUUGCCGGAUUUAUUAACGUCUGUUAAGCUUAAGUACGUGAAGCUUGGACUUCACAACUCAUGCAACUUCACCACCUUUCUCUUCUUCCUCAUCAUUCUCCCCUUAACCGGAACCGUCCUGGUUCAGCUAACCGGCCUAACUUUGGAUACAUUCUCCGAGCUUUGGUCUAAUCGGGGGCUCCAACUCGAGGGAUCAACAAGACUCACCUGCUCCUUUUUCCUCUGCUUCGCUUUGACCCUCUACGUGACUAACCGGUCUAAACCGGUUUACCUAGUGGAUUUCUCCUGCUACAAACCGGAAGACGAGCGCAAAAUGUCCGUGGAUUCGUUCUUGAAGAUGACGGAGGAAAACGGAGCGUUCACCGAUGACUCGGUUCAGUUCCAGCAAAGAAUCUCGAACCGGGCCGGUUUAGGAGACGAAACCUAUCUACCACGUGGCAUAACCUCAACUCCCCCGAAGCUAAACAUGUCGGAGGCACGUGCUGAAGCUGAAGCCGUUAUGUUCGGAGCACUAGAUUCCCUUUUCGAGAAAACCGGAAUUAAACCGGCUGAAAUAGGAAUCUUGAUCGUAAACUGCAGCUUAUUCAAUCCGACGCCGUCUCUAUCGUCGAUGAUUGUGAACCACUACAAGAUGAGAGAAGACAUCAAAAGCUACAACCUUGGAGGAAUGGGCUGUUCCGCGGGAUUAAUCUCAAUCGAUCUAGCCAACAGUCUCCUCAAAGCAAACCCUAACUCUUACGCUGUCGUGGUUAGCACGGAAAACAUAACCCUAAACUGGUAUUUUGGUAACGACAGGUCAAUGCUUCUAUGCAACUGCAUCUUCCGAAUGGGAGGCGCAGCGAUUCUCCUCUCUAACCGCAGACAAGACCGGUCUAAGUCAAAGUACGAGUUAGUUAACGUCGUGCGGACGCAUAAAGGAUCAGACGACAAGAACUACAAUUGCGUGUACCAGAAGGAAGACGAGAGAGGAACGAUCGGUGUUUCUUUAUCUAAGGAGCUUAUGUCCGUGGCGGGAGAUGCUUUAAAAACAAACAUCACGACGUUAGGACCGAUGGUCCUUCCAUUGUCGGAACAGUUAAUGUUUUUGAUUUCGUUGGCCAAAAGGAAGCUGUUCAAACUCAAAGUGAAGCCGUACAUUCCUGAUUUCAAGCUAGCUUUUGAGCAUUUCUGUAUACACGCAGGGGGUAGAGCGGUUCUUGACGAGGUUCAGAAGAAUCUUGAUCUUAAAGAUUGGCAUAUGGAGCCUUCUAGGAUGACUUUGCACCGGUUUGGUAACACUUCGAGUAGUUCGUUGUGGUAUGAGAUGGCUUAUACCGAAGCUAAGGGUCGGGUUAAAACAGGUGAUCGACUUUGGCAGAUUGCGUUUGGGUCUGGUUUCAAGUGUAACAGUGCUGUUUGGAAAGCGUUACGAGCGGUUUCGACGGAGGAGAUGACGGGUAAUGCGUGGGCUGGUUCGAUUGAGGAUUAUCCGGUGAAGACUGUGCAAUGAUUGGUUGGACCGGUUGGGUGGAGUAUAGUGAUCUGUCUUAUUAUGUAAUUGUUGUCUACUUCUUGAUGUUAUUAUAUAUUUUUAUGUAAGUAAGCUGUCAAAUGAAGAUUAUAAUUUAAUUAAUUCUACAAAUGUGUGUUUGGUA